UCAGUCAGUCAGUCAGUCAGACAGACACACAUUCAGUCAGUCAAACAAACAUUUAGUCAGUCAGUCAGUCAGACACACAUUUGAGUGAAUGCUGGCGCGUCUUGGCUUGCCGCUGCUCUCCCCGAUAACAAUAAUUAACAUCAUAUACACUACAUAGACUACAAUGAGGAUCUAUUGCUUAUGGCUUGUACUUGCCUGGACUGUACUGCAUCUUGUACAGUCCGCAGUACUGUUUCAAUACUCUGCUGCUGAACUUUUGAGUUUCCGUCCAUGUUUAUAUGAUUCAACACCUCCUGUACUGCUUGCUCAUCCGGACAUCUUAUAUCUGCGAAGGCGGAAAUAUAUUCAUCGUGGCUCUCGGCGGAACUUCUGCUUUAAUAAAUCAAGUGAUAUAAAGUCAUUAUGGUCAGCUGUUCGACGCCCACCAAGGAACGCCGGUCGCCGCGCCGGUCAGCAUGUGCUGGUGAACCUCGCUAACUCGGCUACCAGACCAAGCAAAAACAGCACUGUCAGUUUCGGUCUUCUUAACAUCCACUCUCUUACGAGUAAAGGGCAUCUUGUGCAGGAUCUUCUUGCAAAUCGCAAGAUUGAUUUUCUCUGUUUGACCGAAACAUGGCAGCAACAAAAUGACUUUAUUGCACUCAACGACGCCAUUCCGCCAGGGUUUGUUUACAUCUCUCAACCACGUGAUUCUGGUCGAGGAGGAGGUCUGGCGAUAAUCUACCGUGAGAAGUGGAGACUGAGGUCAGUGAAUGUUUCUGUCUCCCACUCAUUUGAGGCUGCAGUUUGUCGGCUCUCUGGAUCUACUCCAACUAUUAUCAGCACUGUAUAUCGACCACCAAAAUUUAACAAGGAUUUUAUCCCUGACUUUUCUGCUUUUUUGAAUGAAAUAACUACUCUUUCACCAAAUAUAAUUCUUGUGGGGGAUUUCCAUAUUCACAUGGAUGAUGUUCACAACAACCUUGCUAAAGAAUUUACAUCUUGUCUGGAUAGCUUCGGACUGCAGCAACAUGUGAAUUUUCCCACGCAUAUUAAAGGACAUACUUUGGAUUUAAUCUGUUGUUCAGGUGUCUCUCCAGGCAACCUCAAUGCAGACUUUUCCAUGUACUGAUCAUCUGUUACUGUCCUUUAAUGUUGUUCUUCCACUUUUCAAAUCAAAAUUUUCACGUAUUAUAUCAUUCCAGAAAAUCAAGGACAUUAAUUUGGACAACUUGUCUUUAAGCAUUGCAAGUCUUCCUAGGGCUGACAGCUGUUCCACUCCAGAUAAUUUGGUCUCUCAGUACAAUAAUAGUCUCCAUAAUUUGUUGAAUACUUUUGCUCCAGUUAAGACUAGGACUGUUUCGUUUACUGUUACUGCACCCUGGUUCACUCCUUUUCUCAGGCAAUUAAAAGCAAAAGGACGACAGCUUGAGAGACUUU